AGGAAGUGAAUCUGAAAAUGCUGAGAACUAAUCAGCUGUUACAUUUUGCCUUCCGUGAGGAUAAACAGUGGAAAAUGCAGCAAAUUCAAGAUGCCAGAAAUCAUGUCAACCAGGCUAUUUAUUUGCUAACCAACCGGGGAGACAGCUACACAUUCCAGACAGGCUCUGAAGUUUUAAAGCUGAUGGAUGCCGUAAUGCUGCAGUUAACACGUGCCCGAAAUCGCCUCACCACUCCAGCUACCAUGACCUUGCCUGAAGUCGCUACCAGUGGACUCACGAAAAUGUUUACUCCUACACUCCCUUCUGAUAUUCUUCUAAACUUCUAUAUCAACGUCAAUAAGCUUUGCUUGCUGGUGUACCAGCUACAUGCCCUCCAGCCAAGUUCCACCAAGCAUUUCCGACCUUCUGGCAGUUCUAUCGUACACAAUCCCGGAGCUAUGUUUGAGCUGGGUAAUCACAGAUAUGAAGUCAGUCAUGUCCACAAAGUGGAGUGUGUGGUCCCUUGGUUAAAUGACGCCUUAGUAUUCUUCACCGUAUCCCUCCAGCUUUGUCAGCAACUGAAAGACAAGAUCUCGGUUUUCUCUAGUUACUGGAAUUUUAGGCCCUACUAAGAUUCCAUCCAACAAGCUAAUUUUUUUUGUUUCAUGCCUCAGUUCCUUUUCCCUUCACUCACCUUAAAGGGACACUGAACCCAAUUUUUUUUCUUUUUUGAUUCAGAUAGAACAUGAAGUUUUAAGCAACUUUCUAAUUUACUCCUAUUAUCAAAUGUUCUUCAUUCUCUUGGUAUUUUUAUUUGAAAAGCAAGAAUGUAAGUUUAGAUGCCGGCCCAUUUUUGAUGAACAACCUGGGUUGUUCGUGCUGAUUGGUGGAUAAAUUCAUCCACCAAUAAACAAGUGGUGUCCAGGGUUCUGACUUUCUUUUUCAAAUAAAGAUAGCAAGAGAACAAAGAAAAAAUGAUAAUAUGAGUAAAUUAGAAAGUUGUUUAAAAUUGCAUGCUCUAUCUAAUGAAAGAAAAAAUGUGGGUAUAGUAUCCCUUUAAUUAUGCUGCCUAUGAUAGGGACACAUUCUCCCAAGGUUAUGUGAACAACGCAUCCGGGAGGUGUAUGAAGAUUUCAGGAAGCAGCUCCUCCGUUCUCAGCAGUGUUAGAAGGUAGCCUUGUUGCUGAAGAUUCUCGUCCUGUGAAAAGACUAAUCCCUGUCUUCUGUAUGAACCUUUUUCUACAAAUUUCUCCAUAUUCUCAGUGUACAACUAUUGAUUUUUUUGUGUAUUUUGUAUAUAUAGUAUUUAUUCUCUUGGUUGCAAAUGUUUUACCAAUUAAGAAGGGAAAAGUGUAUUUUAUGGUGAAAUUCGGUUGCAGUAAUAUCAAAUUUGCAUACUUGGUUUUGAUCAUAUCCACUUAUGUGUCAAAUUAAAGGGACACGCAAGCCAAAAUUAAACUUUCAUUAUUCAGAUAGAGCAGCCAUUUUAAACAACUUUACAAUUUUCUUCCAUUAACAAAAUGUGCACAGUCUUUUUAUAUUUUUUGAGUAACCACCUACUACUGAGCAUGUGCAAGAAUUCACAGAAUAUGCAUUAAUGCAUUUGUGAUUGGCUGAUGGCUGUCACAUGAUACAGGAGGAGUGGAAAUAGACAUAAUUUUUUGAAAUUUGUCAGGAAAAAAUCUACUACUUAUUUGAAGCUCAGACCAAGUGCUAUUGCAUUGUCUUUUUAUCAUGCCCAAAACACACCCUGAGAUUGCAUAUUGUGUACUAAUUUUGGUCCAUUCUCAUUCUAUAUCCAGCCUUAGUUCUAUCCACUCUGCCUUUGUAAACUUUUUUAAAUAUAUCCCCUAUGGUGGGGUAAAGAAAUGGAACUCAACAGGUUAAGUAAAAGCUGUUUAAAUUUAAAGGAACAGGAAGACCCAUCAUUUUCUUUCAUGAUACCAAUUUGAAACAAUUUUCUUCUAUUAUCAAAUUUGCUUCAUUCUCUUGUUAUCCUUUGCGAAAGGAACAGCAUUUCACUUCUGGCAGCUAGAUGAAUACAUCUAGUUAGCCAAUCACAAGAGACAAAUGUGUGCAGACACUAAUCAGCAGCUAGCUAAUGGGAUAUGUGUGUAUUCUUUUUCAACAAGGGACACCAAGAGAACGAAGAUCUGUAUUAUACAAGUUUCGUUUUGACUUUUCUAUCCCUUUAAAGUGAAAUGAACAAAGUUGCAUGUUGGUGUAUGACCGACCUGUUUGCAACAAACAACUGCUACAUGAAAAAGUUAGUUUAUUCAGCAAAGAAGCAAGUAUUAAACACUUAAUUACAACAAUGUACUGCAGUGCAUUUUAUUUUUGAUGGAAUAUUAUAAAAAUGUUUAGUACUAAGUCACUUUAGAACAUCACAUCCUUUCUCUGUGCUCUUAGGUAUAGGGGCUUCAGACAGAGCAGGCAGGGAUUUAGAGUGAAAAACUGGAAAUCAUAUAAAUGGGACAGUAAAUGUCAAAUAUUUUACAAGGCAUAUUCCUUAUAGCAGUGUUUCCUAACAGGCCAGGUUUUCAUUAUAGCUGAAAUAGAGCACAGGUGAAAGAAUCAGCUGAUGGGUGAGAGCAGGUAAGUAACCAUGGUUACUAUUCAGAUGAUUAUUUCACCUGUGCUCUAGUUCAACUGUAAUAAAAACCUAGCAUGUUAGGGGUACUGGUGGAAACACUGCCUUAUGGCACUGCUGAUGCCACCUUGAUAUUGGUUAUUUAUAAGAGCUUCUAGCAUCCUCAUAGGCGUGUUUGCUUAUUUCUCAGGCCGCUCAUAGCCUGCAUUUUUUUUUAUUUUUUUUAUCUUGUCACGAUGAGCUACAAGAAGCCAUACUGCUCACCCCACAUAAAGAGAGAGCUCAGGGAAAGCUUCUGUGCCUGUUUCUGAAGCUUGAUGCCUAAAUAAUGUCAGAUAAAUGGGUUAACAAGUGCCCAUGGGCUGCUAAAAUAUCAUUAGAAUAGGUACUUUGACAGUGUUGUUAGCAGAAGCACACACACUAUGCAGUGCUAUAACGCAGGGAUGGUCGGUUGGUGUCCUGGGUGUCACAUGUGGCCGGUGGCACUAGUUUUUCAGUUCCAGGGAAAAAGUGGAACUAAGGAUAUGUGCAUUAGCUUAUGUGGACUUGACAAAAAGUGUAACUAAGGAUAUGUGCAUUAGCUUAUGUGGGCUUGACAAAAAGUGUAACUAAGGAUAUGUGCAUUAGCUUAUGUGGGCUUGACAAAAAGUGUAACUAAGGAUAUGUGCAUUAGCUUAUGUGGGCUCGACAAAAAGUGGAUCUAAGGAUAUGUGCAUUAGCUUAUGUGGACUUGACAAAAAAGUGGAACUAAGGAUAUGUGCAUUAGCUUAUGUGGGCUUGACAAAAAGUGGAACUAAGGAUAUGUGCAUUAGCUUAUGUGGACUUGACAAAAAGUGGAACUAAGGAUAUGUGCAUUAGCUUAUGUGGACUUGACAAAAAGUGGAACUAAGGAUAUGUGCAUUAGCUUAUGUGGACUUGACAAAAAGUGGAACUAAGGAUAUGUGCAUUAGCUUAUGUGGACUUGACAAAAAGUGGAACUAAGGAUAUGUGCAUUAGCUUAUGUGGACUUGACAAAAAGUGGAACUAAGGAUAUGUGCAUUAGCUUAUGUGGACUUGACAAAAAGUGGAACUAAGAAUGUGUAAUUAUGGGGCUUCUGGUGUGGAAUAAACAAGGUGGCUCGCAAGCCUGCUGGAUUGGCGAUUAAGGGGUAAAAAGAAGAGUGAAUCACCUAAUUGUGCUGUGCCCCUGGACAUUUUAAUAAAUGUUAUUAAUUUGUUUAAUAGCCAUAAAUCUAUAGGAGUCCCUUAAGGCUUGAUCUUCACCCCCUGGCACGUUAGCCAUCACUGCUAUAUAUUUUAUGCCCUGUAAAAGAAAAAAAAAUGCUUUUCUGUCUCCAUUUCAGAAGUUAAAAUAUAAUGGGAGUGGUCAGCUAUUCGCCAAAGGUUAUCAAACAAUUAAGUUUCAUUUAGACCGUGCAGGACAGGGAAGCUAUAUCCAUGAUUUUACAUUGAUCUUCAUUUAUGGUUGCUUAUAUCUAUUAGGCAAUAUGCAAGCCCCUCAGUUGCUUUUUGGGGUGUUUGUUCUCACAUUUCAUAAUACUUCUGAUGUAAUAUUUAAACGGCAUUGGGUAAUGUCAAACUAACACAGUUUUCACUGGCAGGUAAAUACAGACCAAUGGAACUGACCCACAUAUUUUUUAUAGAUAAGAUGUAUAUGUAUAUAAUAUAUGAAGUUACCUAAUCCUAGCGCAUUCCAGUAAGCAUUGUUUGAUUAUAUUUGGUAACUCCAAGUUUAAAAUGUAACUUGAAUGUUUACUUUAUUACCUCUUAUCACAGACUAAGAAUAUUUAAUAGAAUUGUUGCCUUCACUAAGUGUUUUAAGAGACCACAAGGGAAUUUUUGUUCUUAAAGGGACGUAAAACCAAAAUGUUUUUUGUGAUUCAGAUAGCGCAUGUGUUUUUAACCAACUUUCCAAUUUACUUCUAUCUAAUUUGUUUUGCUCCUUUGGUAUCCUUUGUUGUAAAGUCACAUUAUAUAUCCUAGCAAUUAAGUACUGCAGUGCAAAGUACCUCUAAAAAAAAAAUAAAGUUUUCAAAUCAUUAAACACUACCAUUUUGUAGCACGGUUUCCCUGGAUGUGCAACUCAAAAGUUAUUCCAGGAUGAAAAGCCCUGUAGAGUUCAUGCUACCAACCUCCCUUGCUGUGGUCAAUUAGGGAUAGACGUGUCUCUGCUCUGAUCAAGCAAUCACUGUGUAAAUCUUGUUGUAUGGUCAUAUACAUUUUACCAUACUUUUGUAUGAUGGAGUCACUGCAGCCUUUCUUGGGAUCUAAAUGUUAGUUUACAGUAUAACCAGGCAAAAAAAACAAAACAACAAAUGUAUAUUCCAAUGUUUUAUUUUCUUUAACCAUUUCACGGUGGUAGAUUAUACGUUUAUAAUAUGAUAAAUGAACAAUAAAGACUAUCAAUAUAUGUAUAUCAUUGACGGAUGCACUGAGCGUCCUAUCAUAUGAGUAUGUACAAGCUGGGAACAAAGGGAGUGUAACAUAUCUUACAUAAUUAGUGGAGAGUUUGUGGAACACUGCUUCAUAUAUAAAUUAAAUUAACCAUUUAGGAGGCUACUCAUUGGAUUUUUUUUAUUGUGUUGCAUGAUACAUUGCUUCCAUGUACAAAGGGAAUAUUGACCUCCUGUCUAAAAUUAAUCUGAUACUAGAGGAGACUUUACACUACAGACACUUUGGAAAAUGUAUAUAAUGCAUUGUUAGUAUGAAAUAUUGAAGUCCAGAGAAUUAUUUUUUCUGUUUAUAUAUCUUUUUUUGGUUGAUACUUUGUAUGUUGCUAGGAAGUUAGAAACUGUGUAUUUACAUAUAUCUAACAUAUGCAUAUAUCUCUUCACUACAUUAUUAUGUGACAUUUUAGAACAACCACCAAAUGUGCUGUUUUAGCAGCUACAAUAAGCUAAUUAAACUUAUAUUUAGCCAUACCUUUAAUUGGUGUUCAAUAUAAAAUCAGCACUUUAAGGUGAUAUAAUGGAAUGUUUGUGUUCUUCCAAUGUAAAUAUUUGACUUGAUUUGUGUUUGAAAUAAAGACAUGACAACUUGAAUCUUGUGUAUAAUAAUUUGAAUAUCGAUGUACAAUUCUGAUUUCUCUUGCAUCUUAUGGGAACAGCACAUGCAGUAGGACUCUUUUCUGUUGGUAAGUACGGUGUUCAUUUUAGGACAUCCUCUCUUUUCUAAAACACCAUCCUUCCUCUUACCAACUCUCAAACUCCAUGAGUCACCAACUGAAACACCUGAUGUUUGACACCUGAGUCCAGAUACCUGAUGUCUGACGAGGGCCAGACUGGGAAUAAAAAGCAGCCCUGGAAAAAUAUGAAGACCAGCCCUAUUUUCUGUUGAGUCAGUAGAAUGUACAUGUCCCAUGUUUUUCAAAGGGGAUUACUGGGAUACUAAUUCCCCCAAUAUUUUUUUCAGAAUUAAAUUAUAUUAUUUUGUAUUAAAUGAAAUUGCCAGAUUGGUGUUAUAUAGGCACCCUACAACCAAACUGCAUCAAUUGAUCACCCCUUUAAAUUGUAGCUUUCCAGCCCCAGCUGCUGCAGCCCACCAGGCAAUAUCCUGGUAGGUCAGUCCGGCCUUGCGUCUGACACCUGAGGCAUGAUGGAGUUUUGAAAGAGAAAGCAUGAAGUUUGUGGAUGACUGAUGGAGUUUGAGAGGAGAAGUAAACACUUGCUAAAAUCCAAACUUCAGUCCUCAAUUUUACCUGUCUGCCUAUUUGGUUGUAAGAGCUGGAGAUCCAACUCUACCCACUACAGGUUCUCCUCCUCAAAAGCCCAGUAAACUUUGGAUUUUUUAAUACUGUGCAAACGUAUUAUAUGUUUUAUUUUAUAUAAUAGUGCAACAUCCAUUUAAAAUGUUUAAUAAAAUAUUAUCAAAAACAAA